AUGACCUGUCCAGACAAGCCGGGGCAACUCAUAAACUGGUUCAUCUGCUCCCUGUGCGUCCCACGGGUGCGUAAACUCUGGAGCAGCCGGCGUCCGAGGACCCGGAGAAACCUUCUUCUGGGCACGGCUUGUGCCAUCUACCUGGGCUUCCUGGUGAGCCAGGUGGGGAGGGCUUCUGUCCAGCACGGACAGGCGUCUGUAAAGGGGCCACACGGUAACCAUGACACUGCGGAGGUACCCUUUCCUGAGAUACCCCUGGAUGGUACCUUGGCCCCUCCCGAGACCCAGGACAACGGGACCACGCUAAAGCCCAAUGUAGUGUACAUUACCUUACGCUCCAAGCGCAGCAAGCCUGCCAAUAUCCGUGGCACCGUGAAGCCUAAGCGCAGGAAAAAGUAUGCAGUGGCGUCUGCGGCUCCGGGACAGAAGACCUUGGUUGGGCCAUCCCUUCAGCCGCAGGAAGCUGCCAGGGCAGCUGAUGGGGCAGUGCCCAGGUACGCUCAGGGAGGAAACCUGGCCAAGGUUGGAGAGCGACCCUGGAGGUUGGUGUGGGGUCCAGGAGUGCGCGCAGGGGGCUCAGACUUCCUGCAGCCCAAGGCCAAGGAGAGUAACAUUAGAAUUUACAGCGAGAGCGCCCCCUCCUGGCUGAGCAAAGACGACAUCCAAAACAUGAGGCUGUUGGCGGACAGCGCAGUGGCAGGCCUGGGGCCGGUAUCCUCCGAGAGCGGGGCGCGCUUGCUGGUGCUGGAAGGGGGCCUGCCUGGCCCAGCACCCAGCUGUGGCCCGAGCCCCUGUGGAUUACUCAAGCCUCCUUUGGACAUGAGCGAAGUGUUUGCCUUCCACCUAGACAGGAUCCUAGGGCUCAACAGGACUCUGCCAUCUGUGAGCAGAAAAUCAGAGUUCAUCCAAGAUGGCCGCCCGUGCCCCAUCAUUCUCUGGGAUGCAUCUUUAUCUCCAGCAAGUAAUGACACCCAUUCUUCCGUUAAGCUCACCUGGGGAACUUAUCAGCAGGUGCUGAGACAGAAGUGCUGGCAGAAUGGCCGAGUACCCAAACCUGAGUGGGGCUGUACUGAAGUACAUCACCAUGAGUGGUCCAAGGUGGCACUCUUUGAUUUUUUGUUACAGAUUUAUAAUCGUUUAGAUACGAAUUGCUGUGGAUUCAGACCUCGAAAGGAAGAUGCCUGUGUACAGAAAGGAUUGAGGCCAAAAUGCAAUGACCAAAAUUCUGUGGCUCUGUCACACAUUGUCCAGAGAAAGCACGACCCGAGGCAUUUGGUCUUUAUAAACAACAAAGCUUUCUUUGACAGAAGUGAAGAUAAUUUAAACUUCAAAUUGUUAGAAGGCAUCAAAGAGUUUCCCGAAUCUGCAGUUUCUGUUUUGAAGAGCCAGCACUUACGGCAGAAACUCCUUCAGUCUCUGUUUCUUGAUAAAGUUUACUGGGAAAGUCAAGGGGGUAGACAAGGAAUUGAAAAGCUUAUCGAUGUAAUUGAGCAGAGAGCCAAAAUUCUCAUCACCUACAUCAAUGCCCACGGGGCCAAAGUGUUACCCAUGAAGGAAUGAGAAAAGUAUCUCCUGGCUGGAGGCCCGAGUAGAUUCAUGCGUGUGUGUUUUGUUUUUAAAUCAAGCCCGUCAUCCUCAAGUCCUUUAAGGAAUGAAGCAGAGAAGAUGAAUAUAUGAAGUAAAU